UGCUCUCUUCUCUCCUCAUCUUUUCAGCUACUUUCAUCUCUACUCCAAUCCAUCACCUGCUCUCAAUCCUCCAACAACCAACAAUCAUGGCGCGCCUGACCAUCCUCAUCCUCCUCCUAUCAGCCAUCUUGCUCGUCCAAGCCAACAACAACAAGCACAAGCACGGCAAGCACGGCAAGCACAAAAAAGAAUCAACAACGCUGGACUGGUGGCAUUCAAUGUGGCAACCCGGCUCAGCCAUCGCAACAUACACCGACACUCCCCCCCGCACCCUGCCGCCCCCGGAGAGCUCCGAAGUGUGGUGGAGGGAGAUCCGAUCGGAGUGGGUGGCCACCAUGACCACCAUCCCCGAGUGGGCCGAACGCGUCUGGGAGGAGGAGCUGACGAUGCCGACCACCACGGCCACCAAGCUCAUCACCACUAUCGUGCCGGAGUCGUUGGCGAGCGCUAGACGCGCCAACAUGACUACUUCGACUGCUUGGUGGCAAGGGAAGUGAGAUACUGCAUCUGAGCUUCGUAUUGGCGAUGACGUAUGGGUGGCGUAGGGGUAUCCUGGAGGUGUGGGAGGAGGGAAAAGGGGGGAUGGAGAUGGAUACGAAAUGGCAGACGGUUUAGUUUUGGUAAUGGGUGGCUUUCUGCGUCGCUUUUAUGGCUGCUCACCGCAUCUUCGUCGGAGAGGUCGGUGCACAAGCUGCGCUUAUGAGUUCUUGGUGGUAUGGAAAGGGUGGGGAGGGGCUGGAGAUGGAUACACAGAGGCAAAGUGUUUAGUUUUGGC